GUUUGUAAGUACACCUAUCAUUAUAUUAAUUGUUUGCAGGGCUCCUGCAUUGGGGUCAACUCUUCCCGAUUCGAAUGAUUUAUUUCUUCGCUCUACAUAUGAAAAAGUCCGAAAUAUUUGCGGUUGAGAUAUAACAAUUGAAAUACAAAUAUAAUCGUAAACGACUCGGAGAUUCGUGUGAUCGAUAAAAAUGUUUAUUAGUACACUUAGUGUACAAGAUAAAACGUCGAUCGUAUUCAAAACGAAAAUUUAAUACGAAUCCAGUGAACAAGUAUUCCGAGGCCAGUGUUUCAAAUGUAAAUAGAAAAAAAUUAGCCAAACUAAACAAAAAACGAAAAGAAAAAAAUUAACUACGUGUGACCACGAAAUAGAUUUCAAGAAAUUUUUUAUCUCAAGACACGAAACGAAAAAAAGAAAGAAAUAAAAAAAAAAGAAAAUAUUAAAACUGAAAUGCUACAUGACGGAAAUUUGUCCAUCAUAGUGAACAUUGUAUAUUGAUUCUAUUUUUUUCUUUUUUUGGUCAAUGGACACCAUAAAAAGCAUUAUUUUAUGUAUACAAUAAUAAAAAUCCCAGUUGGUGGAGACCAAGUAUGAUACAGUGUUUUGUUUCGUGAUUAAACGAUCGAUGCUACGAUGUCUUGGUCCUUGUGUUUCACGAUCUGAAAGGAGUUUGUGGUUUUUCUUUUUUUUUUUUUUUGUAGAUGUUCAUCAUCUCUUUUGUUAGAGUAACGUUAAAAUAACGUUUAAUGUUAGAUCUUGCAAUUAUCUCGCAGUAAGUCUGUAAAAAGUAAAAGUUAUUCGCAAUAGCAUAUAUAUUUGCACGUAAACAAGAAAAGAAUUACAAAAUGGCAUCAUCCAUGGUUGCUGUUCCCUCUGGAACAGCAUCAGUCCCAGCUGGAACUGGUAUCUCACAAAAUGAAGAUGUGGAAAAUGGGAAUGUAUUUAGUGAACGGAAUAUAAAUACUGUUAAUGGAUGUAAUGAAACCUCCAAUCCUGGUGAUGCUUUGGAAGAAAUAAAUUGUGGUACUGGAGAAACUGGUGAUCAAGAAUGCGCUAUUUGUAUGAGUAAACUUUGUUCCCCACGAGUGCUUUCUUGUCUUCAUGUAUUUUGUGAAGCUUGUUUAGACAAACUUCUGAUGGAUGAGGCAGGUGAUUCAAAGGUUAGCUCAGUUCUAAUCUGUCCUCUCUGUCAACAAGAAACUUCCAUUAGUUCUAAGGGUGCCGCAUCAUUGACAUGUGACUAUGUUCUAACGAAUAUACUCGACAUGUCUGCAAUUGAAAAUAUGGCUGUACUUUGUACCUCGUGUAAAGCCAAAGAGAGUGCGGUUGCACGUUGCUCUGAUUGUGCCAACUUCUUGUGUCCGAAUUGCAACACUGCACAUCAAUUUAUGCGUUGUUUUGAAAGUCACAAGGUAGUGGCAUUUGAAGAUUUAAAGCAAUCCAACGAAGCUAUACCAAUACAUAAACCUAUUUUUUGCGAGUAUCAUCCUGCUGAAAAUAUGAAGUUUUACUGUUAUACUUGCCAGGAACCUAUAUGUAACGAGUGUUUGCUUAUUGAACAUAAAGCUCCAGACCAUCAAUAUGAACGAUUAGUAGAUGCAGAACCACGUCAAAAAGAAGAAUUAAUAAAGCUUAUGAAUGAGAGUAAAGCUAGAAUUGCAGAUUGUGAUCAAAUGUCUGCACAAUUAGAAAAUGCACUUAGUGAACUACAAGCACAACAUGAUCAAGCUAAAGAUUUAAUUGUAGAGACAUUUCAGAGUUAUAAAGCUGUCUUAGAAAAAUGUCGAGACAAUGCUUUAAUUGAACUUGAAAAAUUACAUUCAGAUAGGGAAUUAGAAAUAAUGGAUACAUUUCAUAGUGUUGAAAAAACAGUAGAAAAAAUAGAAGAUGCUUGUCGUUUUACAUCCCGACUUCUUGAGCAUGGUGACGCUGUUGAGAUACUUGCACUUCGUCGUAUUGUAGGAACACAGUUAUUGAAUUUAAUAAAAAAUACACCAAAACCAAAUGUUUCUUUUUCGAUUCAAUUUCAAACUGAUUACAAUCAGUUUGAAAAAACAGUGAAGGAAGUGUUUGGUAAAUUUCAUACUGAGAGCACACCAGUAUCAAAAUCUACUUCAGAACCAAUUACAACCAUAUCUGGUGUUUCUGCAAACCAACAAAUUGUUCAUACUUCAAUGGGUUGUCCGCGUUCUAUUAGUACAAGAUCUCCCAUUUCUCUUCCCACAUCAAUGCAAUCCUCUUUUGAAGGUGAACCUUCGUUUGUUAUACCUCCAACAUCCAGUCCUCAAAAUAUUCAACCUCCACCUCCUGUAUCCCUUCCUCCAGGUCCUAUCCAUGGACUUACCAGUAUUCAAGAGUAUAAUCUACAGCAAUUAGCUAGUUUGGCAGAAAAAGUUGAAAUGGUUGGAGAUACGAAUGUAGUUGGUCCAAGUUCAAAUCCUAGUCCAACACCACCUUUCACUUUAGCAGAUUUAUUUGCUGGUGAUUUAAGUUCUACCAGUCAUGCGAUUAAUAAUUUGCAAGCUCUUGCAAAAUUAGGAAAUACACUUGGUAAUCAAGAUCUUGGCAAUCCUACUAUUAAUGGUGGUAGUGGAUUAGUACUUGGUAGAGGCCCUUCGCCAGCUAUUGUAGAUACACCAAACCUAAGUUUAGCUGCUAAUAGUCUUUUAAAUGGAGGAUUUCAAUCAUUGUCCUCAUCUACUUCUCCAAUACUUUCACAGGGUGCUGACGAUUUAAGAGGAGAUUCUAUGCAUAACAUGCCUGUAGUAGUAGGAAAUACAGUUGGCAAUGUAACAGGUUCCGGAUCUGGAAAUUACGCCCAUCCACGUUCGAAUAAUACGAAAUUAACUCCUAUGCAUAUUAGAUGUAAAUUUGGGCAGUUAGGUCCCAGUAAAGGUCAAUUUAGUUCACCUCAUGGAUUCUGUUUAAGUGCUGACGAAGACAUUAUUGUUGCUGAUACUAAUAAUCACAGAAUACAAAUAUUUGAAAAAACUGGUAUUUUCAAAUUCCAAUUCGGUGUUCCUGGUAAAGAAGAAGGACAAUUAUGGUAUCCUAGAAAAGUCGCUGUGAUGAGAAAUAGUGGGAAGUUCGUUGUUUGUGAUCGAGGAAACGAACGAUCGAGAAUGCAGAUAUUUACAAAAAGUGGUCACUUUAUUAAAAAAAUAGCAAUUCGUUACAUCGAUAUUGUAGCUGGUUUAGCUGUUACAAGCGAAGGUCAUAUUUUGGCUGUUGAUAGUGUAUCACCAACAGUGUUUGUAAUCAGUGAUACGGGAGAUUUAUUAAGGUGGUUUGAUUGUAGUGAAUAUAUGAGAGAACCAAGUGAUAUUGCAAUUAGUGGUAAAGAAUAUUUUGUUUGUGACUUCAAGGGGCAUUGUGUUGUAGUAUUUAAUGAGGAAGGUAAAUUUUUGCGUCGCAUUGGCUGUGACAAUGUAACAAAUUUCCCAAAUGGGAUUGAUAUUAGCGAUGCAGGAGAUAUAUUAAUAGGAGAUUCACAUGGAAAUCGUUUUCAUGUAGCUGUUUUUUCAAGAGAUGGUUCUUUAAUUUCUGAAUUCGAAUGUCCAUAUGUCAAGGUCUCUCGAUGUUGUGGCUUGAAAAUAACCUCAGAAGGAUAUAUUGUAACUUUGGCUAAAAAUAAUCAUCAUGUCCUUGUAUUAAACACACUUUACAUAUCAUGAAGUGAAGAAGUAGAUCAAAUAAGUAUGUAAUUUUCUUCGGCAAAUGGAAUUUCCUUGAUGAAUAUUAUUCUACUUCCAACAAAGAAAAAAUUGAAUAUAAAAAGAAAGAAGAAAAUAUCUAAUAUAUUCAUGGCAUCGAACUCUUUGAGAUUUGGGCCUAUCCAAGUAAUAGAAUUAUAAAUAAAUGCAGCAUGCAGCUUUAAUAGUUUAUAUAUAUAUAUGUAUAUAUAUGUGUAUAUAUAUAUAUAUAUAUAUAUAUAUAUAUAUACAUACAUAUAUAAACAAAAAAAACAAAAGAAAAAUGGAAAAACGAGUAUAAAUGCGUCCCUGUUUUAUGAAAGUAAUAAUGUUCGAACGAAGAAACAAACAGAAAAGGUAAACGUACGUCUCCGACCAAAAAACAGUAUAAAUAGUAAUAUAGUAAAAUUGCAUUUGGUAAACUGCCAAGAUAAAUUAAUAUGGAGGAAAAAAAAAAAAAACAAACAAACAAAAAAAAAAAGAAAAAAAACGAAGUUAAGCAAAGGGAAGUAGAAAAAGAAGAAUUGGAUUGUUUUGACCGGAAAUGGAAGAGAAGGAACAAGAAAAGCUGCAGGAGGUGAAAGGAAGUUGCAGAACAAUAGCUUUCCGUCACAAUCGGUUGCAUCAUGUACGACUUCGUCAGUAUUUUAGGUAUGUUUACAAAUCAAAUUAUUCUAGUCUCUAAUGAGCACUGUUUUACAUGCCGAUUUUUCAAUUUGUGCUCGAAGCAACGUGUAUUUCUAAUCUAUUUCAUCAUGAAACCAAAAUAUUGUAUAUGUAUAACGACAUAUAUAAUGACAUGGAAAAAGAAAGGAGAAAUUGAAAAGAUUUUUUCUUCCGUACGUUACUUCGAGACCUACUCGUAGAUAUACUAAGUUUCUAAGAUUUCAUUAAGAAGCAUUAAGUAAUCUAAUAAGCAUAUUGAGAAAUGAAAAGUUAUGAUCAUUAAAAAAAGUAAUGAUAAUAUACAUAAUACAAAUUCCUGUGCUUGAUGCAGGAAACAAAUGUUGCAUGCUGCAACACAUGGUAGUACUUCCUGCUCUUAUCAUAUCAUAUCUCUAUUUAAAAAAAAAAAAAGAAGAAAAAAAGACGAACAAAAACACACACUAUACUCCUCGUUAUCGUAAAUACGAAGCUUAAACAAAAAGAAAAAGAACAAAAAAUUUAAAAAAAAAGGAAAAAAAUAUGAACUACAUUUCUGGUAAUUUUUUCCUGCGCAUUUGAAAAUUAGUAGUUCCAAAAGAAUAAAAAAAGAAAAAAAAGAAUUUUAUGGGGUAAAAAAAUUAAUAUGGGAAAAAUUAAAAUUACAAAUACGUUAAAAAUCAAACAUUUAAUGUCUUUUAAAACGAGGAAUGAAAUACGAUAUAUUAUAUUUGAGAAAAAAAUUGAAAACGAUUAAUCUAGAUUUGCCACUGAUAAUAGAUCCCAUUUGUGCAUUAUUAAAAAAAACAAAAAAAGAAAAAAAAAGUAAUAGACGAAGCACAUAAUGGUUACAAUAUUUACUCAGGAUGCUUUAUUAUGGUCCACCACAUAUGCGUGUGUGAAUUAUUGGUUCGUGGUGCUAGUGAAUAAAAAUAUAUCCUUACCAUGUAAAUGUAUUUGUUAUAAAAAUUACAAAAUCGUUCCGACAUUUAAUAAUGCUAUGGAACGAUCAUGUAAUAUAUUAUACAAGGUUCGUAAUUAAAAAUUAUACCACCGGAAUCAUAGGAACAAUAUCUUUAUCUAUGUAUAAAAAGAUUUAAAAAAAUAUGGGAAGAACAUCAUACAGUUUGCUAAACAACUUCUAUUUAUGUAUAUAAUUAAUAUGAUCCGUAAAGAAAGAUAAAAAUCCAUGUAAAACACAUUCAUAUAUAUAUAUAAAUACACAUAUUUUUUAGGGUUGUUUACAUGAUCAGCCUUAAGACUUAAUUAAUAAAAUAAAAAUAAAUGAAAUGUGUAUACAACAUAUAUAUGUAUAUAUAUACAUAUAUAUACAUAUAUAUAUACAUAUACAUACAUACAUACAUACAUACAUAUAUAUAUAUAUAUAUAUAUGUAUAUAUAUAUGUAUAUAUAUAUAUAUAUGUAUAUAUAUAUGUAUAUAUUAUAUAAAAUAUUAAGUAAAUCACUAUAUACUGUUGUAAUUACCUACAAUAACAAUUAAAUGUAAAUAAUGAUCUUGCCAUACCAAAUAUUAAAAAGCACAUCCAUAUAUAUGUAUAUAUAUUAAUAUAUAUUUAUAUAUAUAUUGAUAUACAUUGAUAUAUAUAUAUUUCUAUUUGGAUAGCUUGGAUGAAUUUUUGUUUGUUUUUUUUUUUUGUUUUGGGUCUUUUUUUUCUUUUUUUUUCUUUUUUUUUUUUUUUUUUUUUUUUUUUUUUGCAAAAAAAUUGGUUAUGCUAAAUAGAAUUGAUUUAAAGGAAUGAAUGGCUAUUUAAUAAGGAAAUGGGAGAUAUGUCUAAAAAUAGCAAAAAAAAUGCAGAACCGCAAGAACGAUAAUAGAAAGUUACUCAAAAUAAAACAAGACAAAAAAAAUAAAUUUGCGCAUAACAUUUGUAGUAAAUUGCACGAAGCCUACGUACGUACACCUAAGCUAAUCAGUCGUAAUCAUCUUUUAUUAUUAGAAGUUUUAAUUUUAUAUAUAUUAAGAAAAAAAUGUAAUUCUGAAGUAUUUAAUAGUCAUGGUUAGCAGAGUUAUAUAAAUAAUGCCUGUGAUAAUAGUAUCGUCAGGAUAAGUUGUGUCCUUACAGAGUCUCUGAUGUUGUUGCUAGGUAAAUAUAAUUAGAGAUACCAAAACAAAAUACUAUUAGCAAGACGCGUUGUGGAAGGUGUAUUUUUGUUUGAUGCACAAUAACACCUAAUACAAAGCUAUCAAAUGGUCUCUAAUGGUAUGUUGAAUAUAAGAAAAAAAAAAUAAUAUUGAGAAAAAAUGAGAGGGAGAGUAAAAAGAAAUGUUGCAAAUACUUUUGCCAGUCGUAUUUAAAGACAAAGAAGAAGAAAAAAAAUGAACUUAUAGUAUAAUGAAUGGAUGACCAUUAAUGAGAGGAUCUUUUACCUCACAAAAUUAUUAUAUUACGCUCACCUUAUAUAUACUUGAAUAUUUUAGUAUAGAUUUACUCUAUUUACAUAUUUUUAUCUGUGGAAGACUACUUGGCUAAUUUAGGCCACUGUUGAAAUUCACCCCUUAUUUGCCUUGAUGUUUAAAUUACAAUAAUAAUAUAAAAGGAAAAAAAAAUGAAACGAGAAUUACUUGUUACGUAAAUGGUAAUUGUGAUAGAUUUUUUGAUGAUUUUUACAAUCUCAAAAGUCUUAUUAUCCUAAUAUGUAUAGAAUUAUGAUAGUCAUUCUCUAUAUUACAUAAAAAAACUCUGCUUACUUGUUAAAAAAAUAAUUAAUAAUUAUUAAAUAAUAAAAAAAUGAAUAUAUCAUCUUACUGUAAGCAGUUUACAAGAAACAAAAGAAAUAUAUACUAUCAGUCUAUUAAAAUAAACGUAUUCAGAUAUGUUCUACGUAUUAUACUUUUAACUAAACUAAUGUUUUUAUCGCUAUUAAUAUAUAUAUAUAUAUAUAUAUAUAUAUAUAUAUAUAUAUAUAUAAAGUUUCCAAGGCCUUUUUAGGUGCCACCUAAAAAAAAAAUACUUCAAUUUCGGUUUUCUAAUUGUUCUUUGUAUUCGUUUACGACAUCUGUGAGCAACUUAAGAUAAAAAAUAGAAAAAAAGAAAUUCAUGAAAACAUGUCCAUCCAUGUUUUUAUAUUUUAUUUUAUAGCAAUAAUGACCAAAUUUAUUUAAUUUAAUGAACGAUGAAAAUUUCUAAUAUAAUAAAGAAUAUCUAUCCAAUUAUGUUUGUAUAAUUGGCGGAUUAUUUAUCGAUGGAGAAAAUAUUCAUUUUAUAAUAUAUAAUAUAUAGUUUUGCAAUUCAAAAAUAUCGCCUUUCUAGAAUUGUGCUUUAAAAUUUUUUAAUGAGAUAAAUAUUAUUUACGAUUUAGUAGUCAAUUUUAUUUUGUUGAUUUUGAAUUUUUCAAUUUAUUUCUUGAUAUUAUAGUUUUCGGUGAAUUAUUUAAUAAUGUAUGUUAAUAUUACAUGAAAAUAAUAUAAAAUCUUUCGAAUAUGUUGCUGCAGUUAUAAGAUCGUAUCGCGAAUAUGUACAAAAUAAUGCCAGCUGUAAAAGAUGACGAAGAACAAAAAAAUUGUAUCAUAUAACUGUCACAAUUAAAAGAAAAAUUUUACAAAGAAAUAAAGAAGGAAGUGACACGAAAAUAAUAUAUAAAAUAUGUUCCUGAUUUUGAAGAUCGCAUCACAUUUAAACAAUACAAUAAAAAUAAAAUACACUCGCGUGCUUUUUGCGGAUAUUGCAAAAGGGGGGCAUCUAUGCAUACAUAAUGUAUAAUAUAUACAUAUAUACAUUAAUGAUAAGAUUUAAAAUGAAAAAAUAAAAAUGUAAUAUUAAUUGAAUUUUAGCCUACGGUUAAUCAUAGUCUUCCUAGAGUUCUGGAAAAAAAGAAAGAAAAAGAAAAGUUUUCUUUUUUGCAAUAUUUAAUUUUUUUUCUAUUUACGGUCAUGACUAUUUGAAAGUUAAGCUAUAGUCUAUUACUAUAGCUAUAAAAGAGCGUAAUAAAAUGAAAAUUAUUAUCCCCCACGGUAUUUAAUGCUAAUAAAAAUUGGCAUAUAGAUCUGCUAAAAUAUUUUAUCAAACAUGACUUAUAUGUAUUGCAAAAAUUAACUUCAAAAAAUGGAUAGAAAAUAGAAAAAGAAAGGAAUAAAGAAUCGUACAUGCGAAUAUAUUUUUUUUUUUUUGAAAUAUUGUUAUUUGGCAUAUAUUUGUAUAAAAAUUUAUUAUGGUAGAUAUUGAAAGAAAAAGAGAGAGAAAGAUAAAAUAUAGGAGCCAAGUUCAAAAUAAAAAAGAACCAUAUUUUAUUAUUAUAGUUUAUUACAUAAAACAAACUGCGUUUCUUUAUUGUUUUUUUUCUCUUUAUUUUUUCUUCUUUUUAAAAUAACUUUUUUUUUUCAUUGCUUUACUCAUUUCUUGUAGAUCGUUUUUUUUUAUCUCAGUGGAGGCAUUAAUAUGUGUUUUUCCUGUCUGUUUGUUAAAGAACAUAUUUAUAUGUAUAUACUUAUAUCGAGUCGCGUUGAUUUUUUCUCUUUAUUCAAAUUUUGGGUGCGUGCGUUUUAACAUUUCAUAUAAUUAUUAUUAUUAUUAUUAUUAUUAUUAUUAUUAUUAUUAUUAUUAUUAUUAUUAUUAUUAUCAUCAUCAACAUCAUUAUCAUCAUCGUCGUCGUCGUCGUCGUCGUCAUUAUUAUUAUUAUUAUUAUAUUAAUUUAUUAUUAUUAUAUCAAUUUAUUAUUAUUAUAUUAAUUUAUUAUUGUUAUUAUUAUUAUUAUUAUUAUUAUUACUAUUAUUAUUAUUAUUAUUAUUAUUAUUAUUAUUAUUAUUAUUAUUAUUAUUAUUAUUAUUAUUAUUAUUAUUAUUAUUAUUAUUAUUAUUAUUAUUAUUAUUAUUAUUAUUAUUAUUAUUAUUAUUAUUAUUAUUAUUAUUAUUAUUAUUAUUAUUAUUAUUAUUAUUAUUAUUAUUAUUAUUAUUAUUGUCAUUAUAAAACAGGGACACCAUUUCCGGUUUUCCAUUUUUUUAUUAUUUAUGAUGUCUCAUGUGGAGUUUUUCUCCUGUUUUUUUUCUUUUCCGCAUGAUGUUUUUAUUAUUAUUAUUAUUAUUAUUAAUUUAAUAUUAAUAUUAUUAUUGCUAUUAUUGCUAUUAUUAUUAUUACUCUUUUGUAUUUUUGUUUUCUUUUUCCCCCUCUUUGAUUUUUUCGAUCAUUGUUACUCCUAGUCCCGUGAUUUGUUUCAUUUUUUAAUUAACAAAUUUUCUUUGUAUUAUCUCUUCAUUUUUUAAAUCAUUCAGCUCUUUACUUUCAAUUCUAGGCCCCUAAUACUCAGAUCAAAAUAUCGACAGGCAUAAGAUUUUCUUUGUCUCGUUGCCUCUCGAACCCAUCAUUUGUUUCUCGCCAUCUUUUUAAUUCUCUUGGCUAGAUUUCGGAAUUUUAUUUUUAUUAAUUAAUUCAUACAAAGCGCUUUUAAAAUUUCUUAUUAUUAUUGUUAUUAUUCUUAUCAUUGCUAAUUUUAUUCUUAUUAUGAUUAUUAUUAAUAUUUUUUAACUGUGAAUUUCUUUGGUAGACAUAGAUUAAUUUAAGAUUAUCAUUAAAAUCUCACACUUUCUUUUUUUUUUUUUUUUAAUUUAAAAAGAUAAUGUGUAGAUCUCAAGACAAUACAUUGAAAAACAAAAUGCUCGAUUUAUAAUCACGGAAUAAUGCAAGUGCCAAACGGCUAUUUUCUUUAAAAAAUUUUGUCCAAUUUUUCUUUACAUUAAUCACUGUCUUUUAUUAUUAUUAUUAUUAUUAUUAUUAUUAGUCUUAUUCUUAUUAUUAUUAUUAUUCUUAUUCUUAUUAUUAUUAUUAUUAUUAUUAUUAUUAUUAUUAUUUUAUUUAUGAAAUUCGGUUUUUUCAAUCGAGAGGAAACGAGAUUUUGAUUUUUCUUCAUGUACAAGUAGUAAUGAAAGGAAAAAAUAAUAGAUCCGUGAUUUAAAUUUUGCGCCAAUUUUGAUUAUGUAAAAUUUCAUAGACUUUCUGUUGAUUUUUAUUUUUUUUUUUUUAAAUCCGUCACAAAUUUUUUAAUUCGCUAACAUAGUAAAAUUCUUUAGUGCCAAAAAAAGACUAAAAUAAGAAUGAAAUUAAAAAAAAAUAAAAAGAGAACGAAAUAAUAUAAGAAAAAAACGAAGCACAGAUUGCAUAAUUUAAUGAACGGAACAAAGAGGAAAAGAAUCAUCUCGAUUGCUAUCAUUUCUUUUUGUUUUUUAUUUUUCAUUGAGAUUUAUCAUUUAAUAAUGAUUGGUUUAUUAAGUUCCGUUUAUAUGCAAACAUAAAUAAAAUAAAAGAAAAGAAAAGAAUAUACGGAGUAUCAGUGGUUGUAAAGUUAAGAAAAAAAAAAAAGAAAAUAUGAAGAAAGGAGAAAAGAAAGAAGAAGAAAAAAGAAAUUUUAUAUAUAUAUAUAUAAAAUAUAUAUAUAAUAUAUAUAUAAUAAAAAUAUAUAUAUAAUAUUAUUAUACAUAUAUUUAUAUAUAUAUAUAUAUAAUAUAAUUUCUCAUAUAUAUAUACUAUAACUAUAUAUAUACACACAUUAUAAAAAUGAAAAAAUAAGAAAAGAACAGAAUAUUAAAUGAUUAUAAAAAAUCCUUGCUUAGUCAGUUAAAGUACAAAUGUUUAAAUGUAUUCUACGAUUAGGUGAUAAGUAUAAACUGAAAAAAAUAAGCGUGCGUGCAUGUGUGAAAAGGGCGAGAAACUGUGUGAAAGAGUAAAGAUAUAUAACGCGUAGCUGCGUAUAAAACUUGGUUUCAUUCCUUGAUAAGCCUCUGAUAUAGCUUUAUUUAUAUUCGCAUUAGUUACUUGACAUUUUAUAAUACUUAAAAAAAGAUGAGACGGGCUGAUAGAGAGGACGAAGUAAAAAGAAAAUGUGACUUGACUUUUUUUUCUUCGUUUCUUUUCCACUCAUUAUAUAGGUGUGUGUACACACACACACACACACACACACACACACACACACACACACACACACAAUGUUUACUUUGAUAUUAAGAAUAUAUGACACACACGUUCCUUCUUUUUUUUUCUUGGAAAAUCUUUUCUUUGACAUAUCAAAUUGACCACAAAUGGACACAUUAAGAAACCAUUGCAUUCCAUUGGCGUCAUUGCACGCUUGUCAAUGUUCCCGUGAUCUCUCUGAAUGUUUUUUCACUUUUUCAACGAUGAAUCGAAACCUCUGUUUUAAUAACGAGAUACCUCUUGUUUGAAGCGACACCUAGUAUAUUAAACUAGGAGACAAUUGAAAGACGUCCAUGAAGCAAAUUAGAAAAAAAAAGUUUUUCUAUGGAGAAAUAUUGUAAAUUCAUUAACAGCGAAAAAUUAGGAUGAUUUUUGAUUUAUCUGGCUCGGCGUUUCUUGAACUGGAAUUGUGCUUCUUUCGUUUUACCAUUUUCAUGCUUUUUCGAGCCAAAAAUCAUAAAAAUUUUUAAGAGAACUGAAUUAAAUAUAAACAAUAAAAGAUAGAGACCUUGAGUGAGAAUGUUGUUUCAAGCAAUAGAUUAAAAAAAUGUAGAAGAAUAAUAUGCUCUUUUAAUGUGCAAUGUUACGAUAACAUAUUAUUUAUAGUUUAUAAUUUAUUAUCUAUAAGCUGUAAUAUUAGAAUAGUGGCUAAUAAUAUUUCAUAUAAUUAAGAGAACAUCUUUCAUUUAAAUAUUUUUUCAUUUAUUGUUUCAACUUGGGUUAGGGAAAUAUAUUUUUAAUGGAAAUUAUUUUUAAGUAUAUUUUAUCUGACAUAAAAUAUUUCGAUUUCUAUCUUAAUUUUGUUUGUAAUUAUUUGUACUUCUUCAAAAUUUAUUCAUUGAUCAUCAAAUCUUGUACCUGGAAAUGGUAUUUCUGAGAAAAAAAAUAUUCUAGUCAUAAAGGGUUCAAAAAGCUUAAAUUUUUCAUUUAAACUAAUAAUAGAUUAUCAAAACUUGUACAGUCUUUCUUGCUAUCGCGGAGAACAUUAAAAGAUUUGUUUAUUCUUUAAAAAAUUUGACAAAUCCAUGAAUUCAGAUCUGUCUUGGAUUUGAAUUGUUUACGAGCUUCUACGAACAAUUUCAUAACAAAAAAAAAAUAUCUUCAUAUAAAAGAAAAACAAAUCAAAACUUCUCCUAAAUAGCGAGAAAAAUAAGGUGAUAAAUAUUGUUGACUAUCCAUUGCAAAGUAACAGAACAAAAAAAAUGAAAAAGAACGCCGAGCCAUGAAGAUAUGAAAUUUCUACAUAUUGAAAUUAAAUAAGAAACAAUAUCUUUCAGAUAGGAUUUAAUGUGACAUGAUAUCUGUUCAGAUAUUGUGAGUAUGUUUUAAACAGGAGAGUAGAAAAACCAAAAAAUAAAAAAAGAAAGAAAGAAAAGAAGAAAGAAAUACAUAUUAGAAGUGAAAAAAAAAUGAAAAUAAUGAAAAGCAAAGAAAUAAGUAAAUUCAAUAUAGUUCAUUAUGCGUAAACCAUGUUUUCCUGAGACUUCCAUUGGUAUUUUUUAUUAGACUAUUCGCAAAAAUGGGAUGGAUUUUAAGAGAGAAAAAAUGUUCCGACAUAUUGCUUAAAUAAUUCAAAACUGUGUAAACUGUAUAAAAAGUAUAGUACAAGAUGAGAGAAAAAUGCUAAAAAUGCAAUAUGAAAAAAAAGCGUGUAUUCCAAAUAUAUUUUUUAUAUAUGCUAAUGAGAUGCCAAGGAGCAUGGUCACGUUAUAAAUGUUUAAAAAAAGAACAAUAUUAUAUUAUUUAGCGCGAAUUACGCGUACAAUUACAUGUAAAAAAAAUUUGCACAGGCAUAGGCAUAUUAUCGAUUAUGUAAUCGAUUGUCGGUCUCCCUUUCCUAUUCAGCCUUUAGAUAAAAUAUAUAUGUAUAUAUACGUAUAUGUGUAUAAAUACAUAUAAAUACAUAUAUUGAAUUUACACAUAUAUGUAUAUCCGUUUCUCUUUAUUAAGUCCUUCAAACGAGAAAGAAAAAAGAAAAAAAAGAGUGAUAUCUUUGAUGAUUCUAAUUUUAAUCCCUUCUUGCAUCUUCAUCCGAAUUUCCCCAAAGUUUGUUAAACUUAGUCUUACACGCGAGCGCGCGCGUACGCGCGCGCGCACACACACACACACAUACACACGUCAUAUAAGUGUUACUAUAUAUAUAUGUGUAAAUAUUAUGCACAAUAUGCAUUUGUACGCAUAUAUAUAUGUAUCUCUUCUUUCAUUUAAAUGGGGAUUUUCGCUUAUUAUUAUAUUAUUAUUACUACUAUUAUUAUUAAUAUUUUUUUUCUUUCUUUUUUUCCUUUUUUCUUCUCUACGUCAGUACCUACUAAAUUUUUGGUUUCAUUUUUAUAUGAAAUAUUCAAAUUUAUGGUAUUAUACGUAUACACAUCUAUAUACACUUUUACAAACAACAAUAAAAUAAAAUAAAAAAUAAAACGAAAAUAAAAUAUUUUAAUCUACGUACUAUAUUAAUAUUAUGUAUUUAAAGAUAUGUGGAGAACAUUUGCUACUUAUAUAUUUGUCAGAUGUAAGCGUGCGCUAUGUUUGGAAAAGUAUCUUCACGGGCGAAACUGGGGAAAGAAAAGCAAAUUAUUAUUGCUAUUGCUCUGAAAAUUUUUUAGUUUUUUGUAAUGAUGUUGAAUAUAAUUAUUGAUUUGACGUCUUUUCAUUUUGAAAUCGCAUGAAUAAUAUUAUUUUUAAAGGAAGUCUUUAAAAAUAAACCUUUUAUACCUUGUCAAUUCCCCCAACUUCGUUGCGUCCCGUGCGGAACACAUUUUCAAACAAAAAAGAAAAAAAAAAGUUACUCAACUAAUGCAGUUCUUUGAAACAUGUAGGAAACAUAUGUUUUUGUCUGCGUAUAGGCUGCAAAAUGCAAUAAUAAAUAUAUUGUGAUGCUCACGAAAGCACAUAACAUAAAAUUAUAAUGUUUAAAAUAUUUCAUGUGAUUUUGGAAACUGUUAUAUUUUUUAUUUCCUGCCAAUUGUUUAAUUUGUAAUGUUGUUCUUUGUUCUUUUUUCAAUAAAGUAAGCAAACCAACUUUA